AUGUGCUACCAGGAAGAAAAAAUUGCAUACAUUGCCAGAGAAGAUCUUGGUGGGCAGCCAAAGACGGGAACUCUCAAAAAAAUCACUGCUCUGCUGAACCAAAUUAAGCAGGUGCGCGAAUCAUCGCUUCUGAAAAUUCUUGAAGACCUGUCGAGUGUCGAUCUAAGCAAUUUUUUGGACGAUGCCAUUACUUCGCUCUUAGAACACGAUGGCAGAAAUGUCCAUACAACGAUGCGGAUCGUCUUCAAAUUGAGCAGAACCUAUGAUGACUUUGAUGAUGUUUUCCUGCAUAGCUUCAAGGAAAUACUACGUCAGAAUCUGAAAACGGAGUGCAUUGACUUUUAUGCCAUUAUUUACGCCGAAAUUUGUGCUUGCGGAAUCGAAAAACAGGAAAGGUACAGGAAUUUUCUCCGAAAGACAAUGGAAGGAAACUUUUAUAAACAUAAGCUUGGCGUGCUACACAGCAUCAUUGCAUUCCUGAUGGAACAAAUCUGUGAGCUGGAGCAAAUGCAUAACGACCACAGAAACAUUAUCCAGGCCUUGUCAACAUACUACCGUGACAAUUUAGAAUUUCUUAAGGAACUUUACAUAAAGCUUGACAAAUCGUCUGGGGACCAGAAAUAUAUCAAGUUAUUGAACAACGCGCUUGGAAUAGAAAUCCAAUCGGAUAACUUUGUACAAAUCAUUGAGCUUACGGAGAAGGAAAAAAAGUUUUAUAAGAAUCACAAAGUGCCCAACCACAGCACGAACGAGAAGUCUUGCCGAAUGACAACGGAUAAGAUUGUACAAAAUAUACGAAAUCCCUAUUUUGUGGUAAGCAACUUGACGCGGAACCAAAGGAAGGAAGAGUUUAUUAUGUCUCUUCUCAACGAGUCCGUCGAGUUGAAAUAUCUUGCUAAGAUAGCAGCGAUUCUUAACCUUGACUAUAAUGUUGAGAUAAUCGACAUGAUACACUCCCACUCAAAUGUUGCAACGAAAACGCUUUCUGAAUUGGUCAUUCAGGCUGUUAGAUCGGAGCGUAAGGUUUAUUUUGCGUGUGAGCUGUUCAAGUUUGAUUGCUUUGACCGUGAUAAAUUGAUUUCCAUGUUUCAUUUUUUGCUGAAAACGAAAAAAUACGAGAUGCUUAUCAACUGCCUGGAGCGAGCUGGGCGCUUUCUGCUUGCCAGAGAAUAUUCAAGUGGUGGAAAUGAGGAUAUAAUAAAGCUCCUGCUGUAUUUGAACACUAGGAGCUCUGAUGUUGGUGUUAAUGAACGACGAGCCAUUAGAAACUGUUUGGAAAGAAUUGUCAAAACAAGUGAUGAGCUGGACAGCAGCGAUGUACGCAAUUUCAUGGAGUUUCUGGUGGGCAAGUGUAAGCUCAUAGAAGACGGUGAGCCUGUGCUUGAAUUUGACAUAAGUGACAAGCUUGCUGUGCUAUUUGAGACCAACAAACUGUUUUUGUUUACGUAUCUGUUGGACUUGUGGUCGUUCCCUGUCCCGAUAAAAUUAGCAAAGAUUUUCAUUUUCUUUGGAUUUAACAUCGAUUUGGUGCAGAGCUGCAUCUCAAUAUGCAUGGAAAGAGAUGAAAAACACAAAGCGAUAAGCUAUGCAAAGCUGUAUGGAUGUAUGUUGAGCGUAUCCAUGGCGCGAGACUUGGGGCUGUCUGCGAAAAUUGAUUCAUUUGUCAAAAAGAUUUUUUUUUCAAGCAACGGCAACGAUGUGUGCAAAAUUUAUCUCGUUUGCGAAUUUCUAAGUCCAUUUCCAGCAUCUAUUAAGACAAGCUGCGCAAAUCUCAUGAGGGACUUCGUUGAAAUGAAUGAUGAGAAGGAUUUAAAGGUGCACUUUGUAAAUUUUUGCCGGGUUAACAACAUAGAGACCGAUGAUGUAUAAAGAAUUGUCACUGCAAAUGAGUCCAGUGGACAUUCUUGUUUUAUACCGGCUCUUUGGGAAUAAAAUGAUAGUCCUCAGAGAGACAAGACGGAUUAUCCUGGGAUAAAACCGCACGUAGAUAUUGGGUAUAAUUACCGCGAAAAUUAGUGUUUACUGUUUAAAAACAUGCUUUCCAGCACCGAAUUAUCGUAUUUAGAGGUAUUCGUUGGUAUGCUGCGGAGACAGGCUGAUUGCGCUCUUUGGUAAUAUUCUGACUAAAACAUCCGUGA